AUGCUCAUGAGAACACACCACGCGACACAGCAGUCCCCUCGCACAACUCUGGCAGCGAUUGGUUCGUUCGCCGAGCUCGACAAGCUCACGUCGGACAACAAGGACAAGCUGGUGGUCGUUGACUACUCUACCACCUGGUGCGGUCCCUGCAAGAUGAUCCUGCCCAAGUUCGAGAAGCUCGCAGAGCAGUACUCGGAUGCGGUCUUCGUAAAGGUGAUUGGGGACAGCACGAACGACGCGUCGCAGCUAAUGAAGAGGGAGGGAGUGCGGUCGGUACCUUCAUUCCACUUCUGGAAAGACGGGAAGAAGGUGGAAAAGGUGAACGGGGCAAACGAGGAGGCGCUCGAGCAGACCCUCCGCGACUUCCACUAAUUUUUAUUUUUGGAGGGUAGGGUUUCUCCGCUCAAGUAAAGAAGUAAGGACAGGCAGGGCCUGCAGGGCACGGGGAAUAGUCGUGGGGGGGCUAGGUGGUGGGCGCAAAUUUCACCAGGGGGGGGAAGGGGAAGGGGGAGGAAGCCGCUUUGAUUUUUUUUUUGCUUAAAUUUGUCGUUGCUGCUGUAGUCUAGUUCUUGCAAGGGGCGUUGCUUUGUUCCCUCGGAGUAGGAGAUGCCGAAGGAGUUAGUCGGUGGUGGCGUUUGUUGUCCGUUUUGCGAAGCUGGUUUGCUUGUUUGUGGGCGGCUCUCGCUGCGCGGCGGACUCUCUCGCGCUCUUCUCACGCGUGUUGGAUGUUCUUGUUGCAGUCCGUCGGGUGUGCUGAUGAUAAAAAUGGGGGGAGCCCUUUUUAUACAUAUUAUCGUUCGAUCUCUUUUGGUCUCAAGUCCGGCGAGUGCUGCUGCUGUAGUGCGUGUCUCCCUUAGUUUCCGCAGCGUUAGGGCUGGUUGCCGCGUACAGGCAAAACGGCCAACAAGCACUCUCUCGUUGUACCAUGCGCCGCUACAUACAUACAUGCCCGUUCGGCCGGGUCCCAACAGCAGAAACUAAUGCCUUUGGAGAGCAGGUACUCCGGUUGGCGUUGGGUAGGGACAUAUUAACACAGAGAAAUAGGUAGGGCUGCAGUCCCUCAUUCCGCGGCGCCCCCUCUGCGCUACUUACUAUCACAGUGGCG